AAUGAGCAAACACCAGCAGAAACACGAUCGCUACUGUAAAACAAUACCCAGCGCGGAACAGAGGAUUGCUGUGAAAAUAAAGACAUGUCAAGGCUUAUUUUAUUGUGCACUUAUUGUAUCACCAGGUACAACAGAGCACACAAAAAAUGUAGAGCUAAACAGGAAGGACUUUCUGGAGUCUGGAAGAGCAGUUGAUGUGACUCUGGACCCUGAUACAGCGCACCCCCGGCUCACCCUGUCUGCGGAGGGGAAACGAGUGAGACGGGGAGAGACACGGCAGGAUCUCCCUGACACUCCAGAGAGAUUUGAUUACUGGCUCUGUGUGCUGGGCAGGGAGGGCUUCACCUCGGGGAGACGCUACUGGCAGGUGCAGGUGGGGGGGAAUACAUGGUGGAGAUUAGGAGUCAGCAGAGAGUCUGCCCCGAGGAAGGGGGGGUUCAGCAUGACCCCCCAGCAGGGUUACUGGACUGUGGAGUGGUGGAGUGGAGGUGAGUUCACUGCUCUCACUGACCCCCAGACCCCCCUCCCCCAGAGUCUGAAGCCCCAGAAGCUGGGGGUGUAUCUGGAUUAUGAGGAAGGGCAGCUCUCCUUUUACAAUGUGGAGAGCAGAUCUCACAUCUACACUUUCACUGACAUGGAGUUCAAUCCCAAUGAGAAACUCUAUCCAUUCUUCUGUACUUGGGACAGGAAUACAGCCCUUGUGCUGGAGUCCCCUGACCCUGACCCUGUCAGCGCUGCAGAUUAAACACACAUUGCUGUCUGAACCAGGAAACUAUUCAAACAGCUCAGACAGUCUCCUCUUCACUUUCACUGCCACUCUCUCUGCACUCUUCUGGGCUGAUGAGAAGAAAUCCUCUCUCUUCCACCCUCUUACCCUGAGCCCCUCCUCUUUAUUACUCUACACCCCCUUUCCUACUCUCCCUUCCUGUCUGCCUCUCUCUUUCCCCUCCACCUCUCUCCAUCUCCAGAUCCCUCCCCUUCUCUCUCUCCUCUGCUCUC